GAUAUGUCAGUUUGUUUUGUUGGUUCUCAUUUGUUCAUGCUUUGUUAUGCGCCAUUUUCUAUUUUGCUGAAGUUAAUUCGAUGGCGUAAAAUACUGAAUAAUUUUCAUAUUGUUUUUAGUCGAUUCUCUUCGCAAGAUUUCAAGAUUGGUAUUCACCCAUACCCAUUAUUCAUGUAUGAAUAGUUUUCAACUCGCUUGAGGGCUUUCCUGACAAAAAGAGUAGGUGAAAACUUCCACCAGCAUCAGAAGAACACUUCUCUCAAUUCGUCAUUGUGCCUAGCUGACUGGGACUUCAUUGGUGACCGCUAACCCCAUCGUAGUUGAUCAAGUUUAGAACUGGUUGUUGCCAUUCCUAGGAUAUUCUGAUCAAUUUUGUGUCGCGGUGGAUAUAGUUUAUUUCUGUCAAAAUGAGCGUUAUUAUAAGGCUUCAGAAUUUGCCGUGGUCAGCUAACGCCCUCGAUAUUCGUCAGUACUUCAGCGGACUCAGCAUACCGGAAGGAGGAGUUCAUAUCGUAGGAGGAGAGCAGGGGGAUGCGUUCAUCGCUUUCAGUACCGAUGAAGAUGCACGUCUAGCUUUUACACGAAACAAUGGAAAAAUUAAAGAAGUUCAAAUCACCCUUAUGCUCAGCUCACGUACCGAAAUGCAGCGGGUCAUUGAGCAAGCUCGCUCCCAGUCUUUUGCAGCAUUCUUGCAACCCGCCCCAGCAACGGUGCCUAUCCCUGCAGCGGUGCCUAUACCCGCAGCGGUACCCGCCGCGGUACCAGCCGUUCUUCCCAUUGCUGCAAUAGAAGUAAAACGGGAAUCCAAAGAGAGUGAGAAGAAAGAUACCAGAAGACGUUCGCGAUCGAAGUCGAGAGACAGAAGGGACAGAUCGAGGGAUCGAGACCGUAAGGAUAGAAGAUAUCGUGAUAGGAGCCGAUCGAGAUCAAGAGAUCGUAAAUCAUCCGGCCGUCGUCGUGAUAGGAGUCGCAGCCGUGGUCGCUCUAGAUCUAGAGACAGGGACCGUCGGAACAAAGAUCGAAAACGUUCUGAAGAAAAACCAAUUCAGCUACUCCAGAAGGAACCGAAAAAACCUUUGCCUGAAGUGUGGCCCAGUCAAAUCAAGCCACUCGAGAUUAUUCCACCUGCUCCACAGCCGCCCAAUAUUGUAACUGGAUUUUCGGUAACGCUAGAUAAAACCAAUAGGAAGGUAUCGCCAGUGUUGCAAUUUCAAGGCAAUGGAUUUUCCUCGAACAGAUUCAACAGCAAUGGGAACCGCCCAAUUAGAGACACUUGGCCUCCAUCUAAUCAAAACCCAAAUACAUUUUCCAAUGACAAAAAUACUAUUGGCAGUUAUCAAGACAAGGAGGAAUCGUUUCCAAAUCGAUUUCAAAAAAGCAACUUUCCGAUGAGAGGAGGAAAUUUUAAUCGAAUGGAAAAUGAACACUAUCAAUCUGCUAUAGCUCUUGAACCUUUCUACGGAGGAUAUGGCGAUAUUAGAAGGUUUUUCCAAGGUUUGUUCAUUAGUAGCAACGGUAUUAAAUUUAUCAACGAUUCAAAUGGUAGAAGAACUGGUUUAGUUUAUGUGAAGUUUGUAAGUAAAAAGGCUAAAGAUGAAGCCCUUACUUUGAAUGGGGAUAAUCUUAAUGGAAUAACUGUGUCGGUCACUCAUAUAGAUGAUGAAGAUUUUGAAGAAGCAGUUGAUAGAUACACACCUAUAGCACACGAGAACAACAGCAACGAACCUGUUAAGUUCAAAAAUAGAAAUAUUACCAAGUAUUUCAAUAAUUCGUCUAGUGAACCAGAAACCAAAGAUUUCUCAUGUUUAAUUAUAGACGAUCUUCCAACAUACUGUAAGGAACAAGAUAUUCUUCGCAUGUUUGAGCAACAUCCUUUAGUAGCACUACUUCUAACAACAAAACCAAAGGGAGGUUAUAUUGCCUAUGUCAAAUGUAGUGAUAAGGAAGUAGCGAAAGCAGCCUUUGAAGAUAAGUCACAUCAUAUUGUAGGAGGCAAACAAGUUACAGUCAAACCUUGCAAAGAUGAACAGUUUGAUGAAAUUAACAAACAACAUGAAGUACCUUUGAGCAGUCCAAAAGUUGAAGAUGUUGGCACAGACUGCCUGAGCGUAUCUAAUUUACCUCAAAAGACAAAUGACAAAGAUAUUGCCGACUUCUUUUCUGAUAUCGGCGUUAUUCCUACAAAAAUACAUCUCAUGAGCAAUAAUCUCGGAUUCACAGGACAAGCAUAUUGUGAAUUUUUGAAUACGGAGGAAGCUUCCCGGGCAGCAAAGAAACAUAACACUAUUUUGGGUAACACACAUGUGUCUGUAAUUCCAAUAAAAAGGAACGAGAUGGAGAGUAUACUAGGCACCACUUUACCAGCUCCUGAAUCAAUGACAUCUCUACCAAAUGCGCCUCUGAAACCUAAAAUUGUUGAUGAAUCUUUUUCACCGACUCAAAUUCCAGCAGUAAAUAAACUAAAUUCUGAGAAAUGCACGUUUCCUAGUAUGACAAACCCUGGAAGAUUUCCAUUUCCUAGCAGGAAUUUUGAAAAUUCUCCCAGACUGCCAAGAUUUGGAGCCAGAGGAAUGGGAACAAGGCACAGGUUUGGGCCUCCUCACCAGGAUAAUCAGUUCUCCAACACUCCUCCAGGAUGUACAGUUUUUAUGAAAAAUGUACCUUUCAGGGCGAGCACAAACGAUAUUUUAGAAUUUUUCGAAAAUUACCGUAAUACAGGUAAUGUGAGCCGUCGUUACACUCCGAAUAAUUUGCCAAGCGAUGAGGCGAAAAUAACAUUCUUUAGUCCCGAAGAAGCUGCAAGAGCAGUUGCAGAGCUCCAGAAAGAGAAAAUUUGGGAUAGACAAAUCUUUUUGAGGCAGGAAUAAAAACACUUUGCCAUUAUGUUGGUAUACUUAACAAGAAUGCAAUAAGUUUUCGAAACUGAUUCUUGGAUGAAUGUGAGUUCUGGGAAAAACUCAUUGUUUUCAUAUGGCUGAAAGCAUUGGAAACGAAGAUUUUUAAAAUGAAUUCCUGUUUAAAAAAACAUAUUUUUUAUUUUAAACAAUUGUUGAAAUUUGUUUACAUUUCUUCUUCAGUUUGAAAUUACGAUAUGGUAAAUCAAAAGUAGAACUAUGAUGAACCGAUUGUUACUUCGAAGAUACAGUGAGAUACACUGAAAUGAAAAAGUUAUCUAUUAUUUAAUAUAUUAUUGAAUUUAUUACAAAAAGACAGUAAUCUAGAAACAUUUGAAUGAGAAAUUCGUUUCAAAAUUGGUUUAUUUAUAUUUAAUUAAUGUACAUAAUAUCAAUAUUACUACUAUAUUAGUAGGUAAUUUUUGUAAAAAAAAUUGCAGAUUAUUUCAUUAUAUUGACUGAUGUUUGAAUAAAGUAUCUGGUAUAUAUAUAUGUUCCUAGAGUGUAUACAUAAACUGAUGAAGAAACAGCUACUAUGUAGUUCAAUAACUGUUGGGAAAAUGUUUUCAGCUAGACUCUUACCUUUGGGAUUUGAAAUAAUCAUUGACGAGAGUUGAUUAUUUAAUUUUGCAUUUUAAGAGUUUUUUGGUAUUUUCAAUGGGAAAAUUGAAGUAAAAUUUCAUUGAUCAUGAGUAAAAACAAAAAUGAUUAGAAAUGUUACGGGUUUCAUUUUCCAUUGCUUGAACAAUCCAGAUUUAAAAACUAAGAGAAUGAGAUAAAUGAAUGAAGAAUAGUAGGAUCGAGAAGAAAUUAAAUAAUGAUCAUGAAAUUAUAUGAAUUUGUGAAGAAAAUAAAGUGAAAUCGACAAAAAGGAGAUUAUUAUAAACAAUAAGUAAAAUUCCAAUAGUACCUGAAAAUUUUAAAUAAUAAUGGAGAAAGAACAAGAAGAUUUCAAACCAAGGGUCUUUGUGAUAUUUCGAUUGCUGGUAGUGAUAAUCACCAAAUGAAUACCAUUACUCGUUUUUUAUGAUUGUGUUUCAAGUGUUUGAAAAUGUGAUCUAAUGGAGAGAUUGGCUCUCAACGUUUCACCCAUUACUGCGACAGACAUAUUCAGGGGCAUCUGGCAUUAAUGCUUUGCAUUGUCUUUGUUGGCAGACACUUUAGCACAACUAAUGGAUGUAAAGACUUGAAGUAUUUUGGAUACAAUCCAUAUAAAAAAAGCAAUUAUUAGGUACCUCUGGGUUGAAUUACAACUUGUAAAAUCUGUUAAUAAAAAAAUGCUCAUGUCC